AUGUUCACGCCGCUCGGCUGCUUUGCAGACAUAGUCUGCCCCAGAGCCCAAGAGUGUACUUUACUCAAAUGCCUGUUCUCGCACUCAGAUGGAUCGAGCUCGACAGGAGGGCAGCAUUCAGUCCCAGCAGAUAAUGCACCCCCUGCAAAGAGGCUCAAGGUAGAAAGUACGACUGGUGGCUUGUCUCAAUCUCGGAAUUCUUCGCUCCAGACACUGGCCCCAGCCUCAAACUCAACCCCCAAACACUCAGUCACGCCCCAUGAUACCUCCGAGGUUCGAUUGACUCGCCCGAAGACCAUGGAUCCACCUGUGUCGAAGCAGGCUGAAGUCUCUCAUUCAGCUGGAGAAAAGCCUGAAACAUCCAAGGAUGCACCUCAAGCUGCUCGACUUCCCCCACGCCAAGCUCCCAAGGAAAGCUUGAAUCCUCGCAUGCUAGGGUCAGCACCAGCAGCCCAUACAGUUCGGACUGCAAUACUCAAAAAGCUUCACGCUUCGAUGACAUCCUUGAACGAUAAGCUUCGCGAUGGAAAAGAUCCCGCGAAUCGCUGUUUCGUAUUGACUCCGGAUGAGAUGAUAACAAUGGCCUUGGACGAGGAAGAAAAGUGUGCCAGAGACAACCCUGGAGUCUACAGCAAUGUCAUCAAACUUCGCAUCGUGAAACUCACCAAAAUGGACCUCGAAACUUGGGUCAAAGAUGUCAUGGCUCAUUUGAACGGGCGGUACUACAAGAUCAACCCAGUUGAAAAGCCCCCAGCGGGACCCACCCCCAUUGACACUGGCCUUACUCCUGCAGAAGAGCAAGCUUUCGUACCCAAGCUUGUCACACCCCUUGCUGGUCUCGAGGCACAUGGGUAUGUCACAAAAGCCCCAACCCAGGCAGAUAUAGAGGCCGCCCAGAAGGGGGUCGACGAGUCCAAAGGAUGGGAGAAGUGCGAUAGAUGUGGUCAACGGUUCCAGGUGUUCCCCGGUCGUCGUGAAGAUGGCACACUGACAACCGGCGGACAAUGCACCUAUCACGAAGGACGGCCAGUGUACCCACGUCGCAAGAAGACAGACCAUGUUACGGGAUCUGCAGACCCAUACUUCCCUUGCUGCAACCAAUCGAUUGGCGCUUCUACCGGCUGCACCAAGGCCCAAACACACGUCUUCAAAGUAUCAGAAGCCAAACGGCUUGCGUCGAUUCUCCAAUUCAAAACUACACCGCCACAGCCCGAAAAAGGUCCCAUGGAGCCGAUAUCAAUCGAUUGCGAGAUGGGCUACACAACACUGGGCCUAGAGCUGAUUCGCCUAACUGCCGUCAGCUGGCCUGGCGGCCGCAAUGUGCUCGACGUACUGGUUCGGCCCAUGGGCGAGAUCUUGGAUCUUAACACACGCUUUUCCGGGGUGACGCUUCAAGACUUUGCCUCCGCCGAACCGUAUAAUCCCUUGACGCCCAGCGCGGAUCCACCCGCGGGCGAGAGCAAGCUCAGUCUAUCUUUGCAGCUCGUGAAGUCACCUGCAGAGGCUCGGGAAUUGCUUCUUGGUCUUCUACAGCCUGAGACGCCUGUCAUUGGUCACGCAAUCGAGAAUGACUUGAACGUUUGUCGGCUCAUCCAUCCCACGGUUAUUGACACGGUCCUCUUGUUCCCGCAUCCUAAGGGCCUGCCUAUUCGCAAUAGCCUCAAAAUCCUCGCACAGAAACAGCUUGGACGUGAAAUCCAAGUUGGUAGCGGUGGACACGACUCGAAGGAGGACUCUAUUGCCACGGGCGAUCUGGUCAGGGUAAAGCUAGGUACGAAGUGGAAGUCAUACCAGAAAGGAGGGUGGAGGAUGGAGAAGAAUAAACUCAUCCCUCCAGGUCAAUGA